AGGCCCAACGAAACCAGUCAUGGAGUGCCAAAAUUACUUUUUGUUUGUUUGGGGCACAAGAUAUCUUCAAUCACAUCGAGAAAAGAAAACCCCCUGUUUUUAUUAUUUUUUUCAAUUAUUUAUUCAAUCCCUUUGGGUGGAUUUUCAUAAAUCUUUAGGCACAAUUUUGAUCUUCGAUUGGCUUAAAUUUUGAAGUGGGUUCUUAUAUCUUCAAAUUUCGUUUCAUGUUGAAGAUCUGGCAAGGUUUGAUGGGUUCUAAUUUUGCUUUUUUAUUUUCGGGUUUUUAAUUCUGAUUUGAUUGAAGAUUAGGGUUUUAUUUCAUUUUGAGGAGACGGUAAUUGGAAUUUGAUUUUUUGGUGAAAGGAUAAAAUGAUCUAGAACUGGAAAGUUAAAAAAAGAUUGAGAAUUCCAUGACUUAGAGUUGAAUAAGUUGAUUGUUUUUUCAGUAAAUUUUAUGGGUUUUUGUUAUUUGAUUCAAUAAAAAUGGAGUAAGCUUGAAUUUACUUUUUUUCUUCUUUUGAAGGGAAAUUAUUUUUUUUUGGGGGGGAGGGGGUUUAGGGUUUUUUGUUCAUAAUUUAGGGUUUUUGUUGGAUGAAGAAGAUGAAAUUCGAGAUUGAAACUAUUAAUUUGUAGGGAAAGUUUUUCAUUUUUAAUUUUGAUUUAGAAUUAGGCUUGAAUCUUUAGGGAUAGUAUUAGGGUUUCUCAUUGUUGAGCUUAGAUUUUAGUUUAAUGGAUGAGAUUGAAGAUGUUAGAUACCAUUCAAAUCCAUAUGGUGAUAAUCAACAGCAGGGUUAUCGAUCUUCGAGUAGUGGAAAGCUUCCAGUAAGAGAUGUUUCAUGUUCUAGAUUGAAUGGGAAUCAAUAUGUUGAUGGUAACGAAGACGAGGAAGAAGAUGAUGAAGAUUUGAGUGAGGAAGAUGCAAAUCAUUGUAAAGUUAAUGGUGAUCAAUAUGUUAGAAACUAUAAUGAUGGCAACGACAACAAAUUGUAUGAUGAUGAUGAAGGUUCUAAUCAGAAGAAUGAUGAUGUUGACUCGAGGAGGCAUCCGAAAAAGAGGAAACUGAAGGAUUUGGUGUCAAGUUAUGAAUUUGUUCGUCGAGUACCAGCACCGGAAGUUGCUUCAACAUCAGUGCCAAAGCCUUCAUGUGGUGGGAGGAAUCCCCUUACGGAUUGGACUGAGGGUGAGACAUUUGUUUUACUAGAUGCGUGGGGUGACCGGUUUUUACAACGCAAGAGGAAGAGUCUCCGAGCCGAAGAAUGGCAAGAAGUUGCAGAGAAAGUUUCUGAAGUCUCAAAGAUUGAAAGGACUGACACUCAAUGUCGCAACCGAUUGGAUACACUGAAAAAAAAGUACAAGAAAGAGAAGGCUAUGGUAGCUGAGACCGGCACUAGCACUAGCAAUAGCAAAUGGGUUUUUUUCAAGAAGAUGGACAUGUUAAUGUCAAGUUCUCCACAACAGGGUGUUAUCCGCAAGGCUAUUUCAGAUGAAAUACGGGAUAGUCCAACAAGCUCAGAAUCAUCCGAUAGUGAGGAGGAUGUCUCAGAAGGAUUGCCACCGAAAAAGAGAAGACUCGAGAGGCAAUGCGACGAUGAUUCUUGGUUCAAAUUGCUUGCUGAUUCAAUUCGGAAAUUCAGCAACGUAUACGAAAAGAUUGAGAAUAGCAAAAGGGUGCAGAUGUUGGAACUUGAGAAUAUGAGAAUGGAGUUCCAUAGGGAAUUGGAAAUGCAAAAGAGGCAGAUCUUGAAGAAACUACAGGCUGAAAUUGUGAAAAUGCAGGAGGAGGAUAAUGCUAGUUCUGACUAACAUUCGACAUUAAUGCCAUAGUCUGAUCGGUUUUGUACUAACAAUUUGCUGUCACCAUUGAUGAAGCUUGAAAAACCUGGAGUUGGUGUAAGUGCUUUUGUUAUAAUUUCACUAUAGAGUAGACAUGAAUUGCAGUUUA